GAGUGAGGGUACCUACGGCGCCACCACCAAGAAGAGGUGGGCGAGCUGCUGGGCCAGAUCCAGGGACGCGGGGCCGCGCAGGUCGAGGCGCGCGACGCCCUCAAGUGCGACGUGACGUCGGCUCUGCGCGAGAUCCGCGCCCAACUGGAAGGCCACGCGGUGCAGAGCACGCUGCAGUCGGAGGAGUGGUUCCGAGUGAGGCUGGAUCGACUGUCAGAGGCAGCCAAGGUGAACACAGAUGCCAUUCGCUCAGCACAGGAAGAGAUAACUGAGUACCGGCGCCAGAUGCAGGCUAGGACCACAGAGCUGGAGGCCCUGAAAAGCACAAAGGAUUCACUGGAGAGGCAACGUUCUGAGCUGGAGGACCGUCAUCAAGCUGACAUUGUGUCCUACCAGGAGGCCAUUCAGCAACUGUACACCGAGCUGAGGAACACCAAGUGGGAGAUGGCGGCCCAGCUCCGCGAGUACCAGGACCUGCUCAAUGUCAAGAUGGCCCUGGAUAUCGAGAUCGCUGCAUAUAGAAAACUCCUAGAAGGCGAAGAAUAUCGGAUCGGCUUUGGCCCAACUCCUUUCUCUCUGUCAGAGGGACUCCCCAAAAUUCCCUCCACACCCACUCACAUAAAAGUCAAGAGUGAAGAGAAAAUAAAGGUAGUAGAGAAGUCAGAAAAGGAAACUGUGAUUGUGGAGGAACAGACAGAAGAGAUCCAAGUGACUGAAGAAGUCACUGAGGAGGAGGAAAAAGAGGCCCAGAAGGAGGAAGAAGGAGGAGGAGAGGAAGAGGAAGCAGCGGCAAAGUCUCCCUCAGCAGAAGAGGCCGAAUCCCCAGGAAAGGAAGUCAAGUCGCCUGUGAAAGAGGAGGCCAAAUCACCAGAUAAACUCAAGUCCCCAGUGAAGGAAGAGGCCAAGUCACCAGCUGAGGUCAAGUCUCUGGAGAAGGCCAAGUCACCAGCUGAGGUCAAGUCUCCAGAAAAAGCCAAGUCCCCUGUGAAGGAAGAGGCCAAGUCACCAGCUGAGGUCAAGUCUCCAGAAAAAGCCAAGUCCCCUGUGAAGGAAGAGGCCAAGUCACCAUCUGAGGCCAAGUCUCCAGUAAAAGAAGAAGCAAAAUCACCAGCUGAAGUCAAGUCUCCUGAAAAAGCCAAGUCACCAGUAAAGGAAGAGGCAAAAUCACCAGUUGAGGUUAAGUCUUCUGAGAAGGCCAAGUCCCCAGUGAAGGAAGGAGUGAAGUCCCCUGAGAAGGCCAAAUCACCAGUAAAGGAAGAGGCCAAGUCUCCAGGUGAGAUGAAAUCCCCUGAGAAGGCCAAGAGCCCAGUGAAGGAGGAGGCCAAGUCCCCUGCAGAGGCCAAGUCCCCAGAGAAGGCCAAAUCCCCUGUGAAGGAAGAAGCAGAGUCGCCUGAGAAGGCCAAGACUCUUGAUGUGAAGUCUCCAGAAGCCAAGACUCCAGUGAAGGAGGAAGCAAAGUCCCCUGCAGGCACCAAAUCCCCUGAAAAAGCCAAAAGCCCUGUCAAGGAGGAGGCCAGGUUCCCAGAGAAGGUGGCAUCUCCUGCAAAGGAGGAUGCCAAGGCUCCUGAGAAGGAAGUCCCAAAGAAGGAAGAGGUGAAGUCCCCCGAGAAGGAGGAGAAGCCCCAGGAAGUGAAAACCAAAGAGCUCCCAAAGAAGGUGGAAGAAAAGGUUCCAGCCACACCAAAAAGUGAGGAGAAGGAGGACACCAAGAAAGGUGAAGCUCCCAAAAAGGAAGCUCCAAAGUCUGAGGCUGAGGAGAAGAAGGAGGCUGCUGUAGAAAAGCCCAAGGAAUCCAAAGCUGAAGCCAAGAAGGAAGAGGCUGAAGAUAAGAAAAAGGCAGUGACUCCAGAGAAGGAGGCUCCUGCCAAGGUAGAGGUAAAGGAGGAGGCUAAGCCCAAGGAGAAGACUGAGGUGGCCAAGAAGGAGACAGAUGACGCCAAGGCCAAAGAACCCAGUAAGACAGUAGAAAAGGAGCCGGAAAAGCCAAAGAAGGACGAGACACCAGCAGCACCAGAAAAUAAAGACACCAAAGAGGAGAAGGCCACAGAAGCCAGGAAGCCCGAGGAGAAACCUAAGGCCAAGGAAGAUGACAAGAGCCUCUCAAAAGAGCCCAGCAAGCCCAAGACAGAGAAGGCUGAAAAAUCCUCCAGCACAGACCAAAAAGACAGCAGGCUGUCAGAGAAGUCCACAGAGGACAAGGCCACCAAGGGCCAGAAGUAAGCAGAAGAGAGAGGAACAUCCAGAGCAGCCAAGAAACUCAGGACGGUCCCGGAGUUCAAGAGUCAGUGUAUGGAAUUUUCAUUUUUCUCCCUUUUCUUCC